GACCCUCGGUGGAAACGUAGUCUAUGGUUCAGAGAGCAAGAUGUGUCUGCUAAUCUUGGUUAUGUGAGUUAGAAUUGUCAAGGAAGGAAGAGAGAAUUAGACGAAACGUAAGCGCAUGUUGAAGCAAAAGUAGAAAUUACUAUUUGCAAUGUCAGAGUAAAAUUAUAUUCAAGUACUCACGAUCAGCCGUACCAUAAGAGAGUCUGUCGAAAACGAAUGAUCGCAAAGAUAACAUGGAGAAGGAACCAAAGAAUUUUAUCAAAUUGCAGCAAGAGGAGUUAAAUGUUGCAGAAAUUAUGGAGUUAGUGACAUUUCCUAACUGUGGAGCAAUAUCUAAUUUUAUUGGGAUUACCCGAGAUCAGUUUGAAGAUAAAAAGGUAAUUAAGCUAGAAUAUGAAGCCUAUGAAUCAAUGGCUUUACAAAAGAUGAUCAAUAUCUGUAAUGAAAUUCGUUCACAAUGGGACGUAGAAGGUAUCGCUAUAUAUCAUCGUAUUGGAGAAGUACCGAUAUCCAAAGCAAGUGUUGUCAUAGCAGUUUCCUCUCCCCAUAGAGAAGAAUCACUGAGAGCAGUAGAAUAUGCUAUUAAUAAGUUAAAAGAAUCAGUGCCUAUUUGGAAAAAAGAGGUGUACGAAAAAGAAGAACCACAAUGGAAGCAAAACAAAGAGUGUAAAUGGAUGAAUAUUUUGAAGAAAAAAGAUGCACAGGUACCUACAGAUAUCUAUGACAAAGUACUAAAUAAAGACGUUAUUGAUCUCAAUUUGAUACAAAUUCGAGCAAGUUCUGAAGAACUGAAUCAUAGAAUAGAAUCAUUUAUCGAAAGAAAACGUCAGCAAGUAAAUACUGUGAAUGUACAAGAAUUUUGCCACAGUGAAAAGAGUGGUAUUAACGAAAAUUCUUGUGCAAGAGUAGAUGCCAUUCUUAUUCGACGCAAAGAUUCCAAAAGUCAUGUAAAAGUUCACAGAGUAUUAAACAUAUGGGGACCUCAAACUAUCAAUCAAUCAAUUUUACGCAAGUCUGUUACGAAUAAUACAAGCUCCAACACUUCAAGCUGUUUCCCUAUAUUAGAUGACAGAAUUUCUGCGACAGAACAUAUGAUUGGGAUUAACAAGCCAGUGCCUAAAGAUAUUUACGAAAGGUUAAAAAAUAUUGAAGACAAAAUAUUGUAUUUAGAAAGUGUAUCACCGGAAUACAAAGAAUUUUGGAUAACGGAGGACAUGAAUAAUUUAAAGGGCAUUUCAAAACCUAAUCGGAAAAGAACAUAUUCCAUGGCAGAACUUGAUUUAAAAUUAUACGAGUUGGAAGAUAAAUAUACCAAGAAGAUAAAAUAACGAUUGUUGUAAAAAUGUACUGAUGAUAAUUAUUUUGUAGAAUUUCUUUUAAAAUAAAAAAUA